AUGGCGGAUGCGCCCUGGGACGAUGCCGAGGAUUCCGACUCCGACAGUUCGGGUCCAGCCUUUGACUCAGAGGAUGAGGCUCUGAUCGUUGCGAGUGGCCAGUGGACAACAGAUGCGGCACUGGCUUACAACAUCCUUCAGAGCUUGGCCAUCACGGUGAAUGUGCAGUUCAACUGCAGCUCCCAGAACUCUAUUCCCAGCGGAUAUAUUGAGAUCGGAAGUGUCCGUAUUUGGUCACACAACCCUGUCGUCCUACAACGUUUGGGAGAUCGAGCGAAAGAGCUGCAGAACGUCUGUGGUGAGAGCCAUAACUUGCAAGUGCUGCUGGCCAAGUACCCCACUUUGAGCGCUGCUGUGGAUGUUCCAGAUCCACCAUCUCCUGAAUGGAAACAGGUGCUGGCAUAUGUUGUGACCACCCGUCACACCCAUCGUUUGGCUGCAACCCGGGAAGUACUCAGCAAUCUCGGUGUCACUGCAGUCACUGCAGUCACUGCAGUGAAGGAGAUGCCAUUACGUCAAGUAGACUUUGGUCCACGGAGCACGCCGCGUACGCCCAUGGUUUUCGUCAUCUUUUUGGAUCCCGGCGCAGAGAAGCUGCACGAGGAUCCCAACUCGGACUGGCGGAAGACGAUGGACAGACUUGACUUCAAGCAGGUCUCUCAAGUUCAGAACCGCAUGAGCAUGUGGGCCUGCAAAGCUGGCGACACAGCCCCGAGCAUCCUGGAAUUCAGUGCGCGCCUAGAGCAUCGAACCCUUGAGGACUUCCUGGCGCUGCGAGAUUGUGCGACUUGUGAGCCCUGCCCUUCACCGACAGGAAAAGCUGGAGGACGACCGGAGGUCCUCCUGUUGGGAGGCGACGGCGACGAAUCAUUUGAGAGUAUCUGGUUCUAUGAAAGCUUCUUCAAACACAAAGCCCCCGUGAGAAUGAGAACCUGCUUCAACUCUCAAUCUUUGAGUCGAAAAGUGGUGGAGGAAGAGGUCAAGGCCUCUAUGCGGCGAUUGUUUACGGAUGAGGGCACCUGCUCGUUGACACUGGUUCUUGUAGGGCAAGGAGAUGAGGAUGGCGGUUGGCUCCUGCAGGAUAAGGUCUUUCAAAUGCGUGACUUGUGCAAUCUUUGGCAGCAGGUGGGAGAUCAAUCAGGAAAGCCAACAGACAAACCCGUGCUCAUCCUCGUUGACACGUGUUAUGCAUUGAAAUUUCUCGAUGAAGGCCUCAGCAGCCUCAGCUCCUUGCCCAAGACCUGGAUUCUUCAGCUCAGCUGCUCAGCCACCGAGACUAUCACUAGCUGUGACUUUGCAGCGUCUUUUGUGCGAAGCCAAAGCCCGUCCAUAAGAUUUGCGGGUGACGUGGAGCUUUUGCAAACGCUUCCUGUUCAGCCAUCCUUCUACAAUCGCGCUGACGGAAACAGAGUCCAACUCGCAAACGACUUCUUCGUCGAGUUGAUGGGUGUACAGCUGCCACUGAUGGAGAGAGAGUCGGGUGCACUUUUGGAUGAUGAGAGCGACUGCAGCAGUGUGAGCACGGCCGACACUCGAAGGUUGUGUCAUGAGGCUGAAAAAAGGCAGCCCAGAAGCUACCUGCAAGAACUUGCUCUCGUGCAUCAUCAGAGGGACAAACCAACUCUGGAGCACUUUGUGACCGAUAUCCUAUUGAAGAAUGUUCCAGGCGGAGCGCAGCAGCUCAUUCAGCAUCCAAAGCUCGAAGAAUUUCUCGAGACUUUAGAGACAUUGAUGCGGCCAGUUUCUACGAGAGGUCCGACGAACAACGGCGAUGCCAAUGAGAUCAUUACAGAAGUGUGUGAUUGGUGGCGUCAGCGGUCUCACCUCACGAUGGACGAUGUUCUCAGCGAAUUCCUGGCGGACUUUGCCAAGAAGAUUCCGGUCACAGACGUGGAACUGUCAAGUUGA